AUGGAGGAGAGCGUCGGAAGAGUGAAAGUGAGAAAACUUGAGGGUUCAGAUAGAGUGCCUUCUCUAACAAAACCUGAUCUUAUUCAUGUACCAAAGGGAGAACCUACAGAACUAGUUAAGCCUGCGCCCAUUGCCUCUGCUGCUGCACCCAAAGUCACUCCUACAGCCAGCAUGGCUUACAAUAAGACACCGAGGCCGUUUGGAGCCGUAACCUCCUCCAAAGUCACCUCCAUCCCAUCACCAUCCUCCGCCUUCACCCCGGCCCAGGUGGCGGCUCUGUCACCGGUGGCUGCCGCCCCAGCCCCAUUCGCUGCGCCUGGACUGCAUGUUAAUGCCAAGCCUAACGCUGAGCAGCGGUCGCCUGCGCCGAGCGCUGCUCAACCUGCAGUUAAUGUCCCACGGCAGCCCGCCACGCACAAUGCCGCCCCGAGCGCCACUGCCGGCGACGGCGUCCAGGAUAUAGCUGAGGGGCCGCGACGAGGAUUCAGAGAAAACCAGGGGGAGAGUAAACAGCAAAAUGGCCCCCCACGGAAGCACAUCGUGGAUACCUAUACAGAGUUUUACCACACACCCACCCACAGCGAUGCCAGCAAGAAGCGACUGAUUGAAGACACCGAAGACUGGCAUCCCCGGACCGGCACCACCCAGUCCCGCUCUUUCCGCAUCCUUGCCCAAAUCACCGGCACUGAUCAUAUGAAAGAACCAGAACAUGAAGCUGCGAAGAAGACUAAUGAUUCCCUGGAGACUACCCAGUCCGCUGCUUUUAUGGCCUCCUCGGCAAGGAGCAUGCCCGCCUGCCCAGAAAACGCGGAUGUGAGACCUGCUUCCACCAGCACCACAUCUGCCGCAGCCCUCAAGCCAGCGGGACUCCAGAGUGCUGCCAAGUACUCAGGCUGGCAGCCUGCAAACCAAGCAGCUCCUGUCAGUGGAUGGACAUCAAACAGCAUUAAAUCACCUGGAACAACUGCCCCAAAUGAAAAAUUAGUGACAGCACCCCAGCUAAAUGAGCAAGACACGUUGGUUCAGAGGGCAGAGCAUAUUCCUGCGGGAAAGCGUACUCCCAUGUGUGCGCACUGUAAUCAAGUCAUUAGAGGACCCUUCUUGGUGGCUUUGGGGAAGUCGUGGCAUCCAGAGGAGUUUAAUUGUGCUCACUGCAAAACCUCCAUGGCUUACAUUGGAUUUGUGGAAGAGAAAGGAGCGCUGUAUUGUGAGGUCUGCUAUGAGAAGUUCUUUGCCCCUGAGUGUUCAAAGUGCCAGAGGAAGAUCCUUGGAGAAGUAAUAAAUGCUUUGAAACAAACCUGGCACGUUUCCUGCUUUGUGUGUGUGGCCUGUCAUAACCCUAUCCGCAAUAAUGUCUUCCACUUAGAAGACGGCGAUCCCUACUGUGAAACGG